GUGGCGUGGUGUCCUCCUCUGCUGGGAUGUCCGCGUGAGUCGGUCGCAGCCGCCGCGGCAACACCGGACCCCCCCUCGAGGAUAUCGGCGCAACAGCGACGACUCUGGUGUGGAAGUUCGUCGGUCGUGGCGACUGCCGGCGCACCGACGACACCCAGCGAUCCUGCGCCCAUGUUUCUUGCGCCGCUCUGCGCUUUCCAAAGGUGGGAGCCUGAGACAAUGGACAACAUCCAUAGUCUGGACCCGAAACAAGAAUUGCUCGAGGCUCGGUUUCUGGGGAAUCGGCAACUGUGCAACCUGGGUCAGGGCGGUGCCUACCUGGGUCAGACAUCGCAGUCCUCUUCUGGUGGCAAUGGCGGCGGCGGCUGCGGCCGGCAGCAGCGGCGGGAUGUGAGCGGGCCCCUGGCGGGCGUGCCGGCCUCCCAGCUGCUAGCCCACGUUUCCUCCUCGGGCAGCUCGAACAACACCAAUCACAACCAGGACUCGAACAUGAGCAACACCAGUCUUGGAUCGCAGCACUCUGACAAGGAACUCGAGCCUCAGACACCAGAAAAGCACCUUCGGACACCUCCCCAGUCAGAGCGGAAAAGGAAACGGAUGAAAGAAGAUACUUCUAAAAGCCUGAGUGGCUUGCGUGGUGGCUCGAACACGGUUCCCGAGAACGCAAAGAAAAUAAAUGAAUACUUUAAGAACCAGGGGCAUAGCCCCAGCCGCUUUGGAGGGGCCAGGUCGCCUGUCCCUCAGGGCUACUGCCUGGGUGGCAGUUCACUAGUGUCCCCGUUAACGUCCGCACUCAACAGUGUUGAUUAUUCGGGGCUGAUGGCACCACCUCAGAGGCCUGCGCACGUGAUGAUGCGGCAGGUCCAGACAGAUCUCACCAUCAACAAGAUCAAAGAGCUGGAGAGCAAAUCGGCCAUGGACCUGGAAAUGAGGGACAACCGGAUAGAUGAACUCCAAAGAGGUAGUGAAGAACUGCGGCGGCAAAUUCAGGGACAGCAGAAGCUAAUACAAAAACAAGAGGAGCAACUCCUCAAGUGUAUAGAUGUUACAAAGCAACUCCUUAUAGAAAAGUCGGCUAUGGAAAAGAAGCAGUCUCGGCAGAAAUGCAUGCAGAACAGGCUAAGGCUAGGUCAAUUUGUGACACAGCGGCAAGGGGCGUCAUUUGUUGAAAAUUGGGUAGACGGCUACGCUUUCAACGAUCUUUUGAGGAAGCAGGAGCAGAUCACGUCAGAACGGGAAGAAAUUGAACGGCAGCGAAAGCUGCUGUGCAAAAAGAAGCCCACGACAGGGCAGCCCAAGGGAAAGGGGGCGGUGGCAUCUAACAAUGGGGCAGGUGCAGCCUCCAGUGGGCUGGCCAAUGGAGAGUUUGUGAAGCCGGAGUCUCCCAAGGACCUCGCGCUUCUGCGGCUGUCCUGGUACGAGUACUACGAGCAGGAGGAAAUCCUGAAGCUGCGGCAGGUGUCGCUGAAAAAGGAGGACACCGACCUGCAGCUGGAGCUGGAGAAACUGGAGCGGGAGCGAAACCUGCACAUUAGGGAGCUCAAACGCAUCCACAAUGAGGACCAGUCCAGGUUUAACAACCAUCCAGUCCUAAACGAGAGGUAUCUACUACUAAUCUUGUUGGGCAAAGGUGGCUUCAGUGAAGUACACAAGGCGUUUGACCUUAAGGAACAGAGGUACGUUGCCUGCAAAAUACACCAGCUAAACAAAGACUGGAAGGACGACAAGAAAGCAAACUACAUCAAGCACGCAUUAAGAGAGUACAACAUUCACAAGUCCUUAGACCAUCCCAGGGUUGUAAAGCUUUAUGAUGUCUUCGAAAUAGAUCCUAAUUCCUUCUGCACAGUGCUGGAGUACUGUGAUGGGCACGACCUGGACUUCUACCUCAAGCAGCACAAGUGCAUCCCCGAACGAGAAGCACGCUGCAUCGUCAUGCAGGUGGUGCAUGCCCUCAAGUACCUCAAUGAAAUCAAGCCACCCAUCAUACACUACGACCUCAAACCGGGUAACAUCCUCCUGGGAAGUGGUAGUCUAAGUGGAGAGAUCAAGAUCACAGACUUUGGUCUCAGCAAGAUCAUGGAUGAUGACAACUACAGCCCCGAAUACGGAAUGGACCUAACAUCACAGGGUGCUGGCACCUAUUGGUACUUGCCACCUGAGUGUUUUGUAGUGGGCAAGACGCCACCCAAGAUCUCUUCCAAGGUUGAUGUCUGGAGUGUGGGUGUCAUCUUCUAUCAGUGCCUCUAUGGCAAAAAGCCUUUUGGGCACAAUCAGUCCCAGGCAACAAUAUUGGAAGAAAACACAAUUCUGAAAGCAACGGACGUGGAGUUUCCCGCAAAGCCUGCUGUCAGUAAUGAGGCCAAGCAAUUCAUCCGCCGCUGCUUGCAGUACCGCAAGGAAGACCGCAUUGACGUGUUCAGCUUGUCCAACGAGGAGUACCUGAAACCGAACUAUUCAAAACAUGGGCGGCAGGCCAGUGUUUCAGACAAGUCGUAGCCAACGCUGUUGGCCUAAGGAAAUACCUUUGACACUAGCUGGAACAGAGAUGAAGCAUAUAAAAGAGAAAGAAGCGCAGCGGGAACACGUUGGGCAAGUGCGCUGCCACCACCGUCACCACCACCAGACGAGAGCAAAAACCAAAUCGGCGACAGUCGCGCACCGCUCCCAGAGCGGCACCCUCCCCCGGCAGUUUGUUGUUGCUGUUGUUCCGGGGGAAGCAGCACUUCCUGCCUGCGUGACGAGGCAGAGAUGGUGUGUGUUCCUUGCCACGGCAGUGAGGCGAAUCACGCGAGACACGUGUGCCGCAGCCGGGGAAGCACGUUAGACACUGUAUUAGCGGAGGGAGGGGACACGUCGACCGGACUGGUGACAGCGCGUCCUCGCUCCUUUCCUCCCUACACCGCUUCCCUCUGGCAUCGUAUUCUCUCUCGCUGCUUGUGUGCUCGCUCGCCCGACGCGUCCAGCGUCGGUGUUGUGUGUGCGUGUAUGUGUGUGAAUAGGCGUGUAUCAAUGAGGGGAUUUGCCUUCUCUUUCUGUACUUCUUUUUCCUCCUCACCCCACCCCAACUCUACACAAGUCUAAUCUGCCUGCUCUCUCUCCUCCCAUCUUCGCUAUCACGAGACACGUGCUGCCAACUACUCGCAGUGACUGCGAGUUGUGCCGAGUAAGAUUGAUUGAACGGACCAUUCCGCUGUGCUUAGUGGGAUAUCUGCCUUCUUUCUUUUCACCCUCCCCCCCCAAUCAUCAUUACUGUUGACACCUCAUUCUUUUUCUAACUUGGUGGUGUUCUGCCUUUUUUUGAGAGAGGGAUGACAUAGCAGGGCCCACUUUGUGAAUCAAGUGAAAUUAAAUUCCUUGUGCCCUAAAUAUUGAGAAGUAAUGGCAAGAAAGUAUGGAGAAAAGUAUGUACUGAAAGUAUUGUUCCCUGUGUAUUUGGAGCUCGGGGUUUCUUUUGUCAUUAUCAGUAGUUGAGGCACAGCUGAAAGUUACCUUGUGGUGGUCGAUUACUUGGAUUAAUUGCAUGUAGGCAGACAGUAAAACAAGAAAGGCGAUGAUAUUCCCCUCAUUCUGAAACAUGGCUGCAUUUUCCUUCUGGUGUCAUCAGAUGAACCCAGUCUAUCGAAAAGUCCAUAAUUUCAUUGCAUUACUUUUUGGUGUUGCCAUUUCAUUAGUUCAGCAGUAGCAUCAAGUGUCGCUCAUGUGCAGUGAUAAGUCAUUAGUACUGAAGUGUUUUCUAUUCUCUUUUUUUUAUGUUUGUGUGCAGACAAUGAAGUGUUCUUUAAAAAUCAAAAAAAGUAAAUGUGGCCUUACAAUGCCGUGUUAUUUCAGUGUACAGAGCUACGCCUUUCAUUGAACACGGAAUGUAAAGCAACUUCUUUUAAGUGGGCUACCUGGUUUCUUUUGUUCCUGGCGGCAAUACCUUUCAGAGUAUGCUUUGCAAUUUGCUCUUUAAAAAACAGGAUCAACAGCACAGAAGCCAAAGGAACCAGUGUCAAUAAUAGUCCUGAAAAGUUGCAUAAUUACCUUCAUUGUUGUAAUUUGAAGGCUUGGUGCCCAGUGCUGCAAGAUUAAGCUCCCUCCUUUUUUUGAACAAAACCUAGGAUAGCGGGGGGUCCAUCUUGUUGUAUGCAUCAGCUUUUUUUUUUCUUUUUUCGACUCAUCAGGAAUUUUGACACUGGGCUCGGGCUUCUGCCCUGGCCGUGGAGGUAUGUUAAAUGCCUCAUCCCAAUAUUUUUGUUCCACUAUCUCUUUACUAGUAUCUUUAAGCUGGCACUCUGUGUGGAACCUUGCAAUGCACUGUUGGCUGAACAUGCUGCUGUUUGCAGACUGUGCUAAUGGCCCAUCCCACGAGCUCCUUAAUUUUUUUUUUCUGAAGUUAUGAGAGUAUGUUAUUGUGGCUUGUGACAGGUGUUUCUUGUAAAUGUGUUCAGUUCUCUUUUGUAGCAUUUUUUUUAAGACAUUGCCUUCCUUUUUCAAUUGUGCAUGUAUAGGAAUCUAGUGAGGACACAGCAGAUUUUAUGCGUUUGUUGAAAGGACGACAUGUUAAGAAACAUUGCGUAGCAGGGAGCAUAUUGUUAGUGCAUUCUUCUAAGAUUCGCAACCUUAUUGUGAAAGCCUAACUUUUUUUUCCUUUCUCACAUGGGGAACAAUGCAAGCUUGUUGGUUAAAUCUGUGGGACAGACUAGAUGCUUCUUCCUGUUUGAAGGAGUUGUAUCCUUUUAGAGAUUGACUUUUUUUUUUUUAGGAAACUAUUCACCUGUCGUCUCUCUUUUUUGUGUGUGUGUGUGAUGUUGAGUCAACUCGGGGAGCACACUUUCUAGUCAAGCCCCUCUGUCCUUUAUACCCCCCCCCCCCCAAUCCCUCAUGCCCUCUACACACUAGUAGUUGAUAUCUACAGAAUGAACAGUGGCACUUCUUGCCUGUGUCUAUACUACUACUACUACUCUGUGAUGACUUGCUAUACUGCCGUUAGAAACCACAUCUCGGCACACGCUGUACUGCUGUCGAGGUUACGGAGCUCUUGGGAUGGACUGGCCAGAGAGCAUGUGGAUCAUGACCAUCGUCAUCGCUACCAGUGUCAUCAGCUGCCUUCUCCUUCCUCCUUUUUGUUCUGCCGAGUCGCAGCAGAGGAAACAAAGAGACUUUCUGUUAAUAGAUUGUUUUCUUCGUUACUACCCCCCUCCUCCACCCCACUCUGCUCUCCAGCACGAGCACUGCAUCACACGCAGGCUUGCAGGAGUUGCGGAAGCGUGUUAAUUACUCUUCAAUUUCUGCUGUUGCACAUUGUGCACAAAUGAAAGAAAGAGAGAGAGAAAAGGAUGAAGAAAGGGAAGUGCUUCACUGAAGAAGUGUGUACAAAGCAGUGUGUGUGUGUGUGCGUGCAAGCUGUUCCCACCUACUCUUCUCCCUUCUUUCUGAUUUGGGCUUGUUGGUACAUAGCAGAGACAUUUUUU